AUGCGUUUUGGUUUUAGACGAAAGCUUAAAAAGGAGAGUAAUGGCAGCGAUAACGACAAUGUUGACAAUGGAGCAAGUGUCCACAGUGAAGAAAGUGAUGCUGAGCCGGAACUUGAUAUAUCUUCGGAUGACGAUCGUGAUAGCAUCGCUGAACUAGUAAAUGAUGCUGAGAACAUCAAUCCCUCUUCACCACCUAGUCAGAGUAGAGAAAAAGCAGCUGAUAUUACACAUAAUGAAAGAAGUAAUAAAACUCCUUCUAGUGAUAUGCGGCAAAAUAAAGAGGCUCUUGUGGAAGUAGUUGUAAAGAGUUCUAUCAAAAGGAAGCGAGUUCUAGCCAGUUCUGAUGAAGAGGACAAUGCGCCAGAACACGAAGCAGAGGAAAAAAUGCCUACACCAGAGCUUGAUCUGCCCGAUUCACCUGUAUCUUUAAAGAAGAAGAAACAUCGGGUUAUUGUUAGCGAUUCAGACGAAGAUUGA